CAGCUCACCAACCUCGUCGAUCUUCAAAAUCUGAGCGCAAGACAAUCACAUAUUAUUCAUACGCAUCAUCACUCACUUCCAAAAACAAGAUUCAAAAAUAAUAUGAUUUGGUAACUCAACAAACUCAUGCUCCAUCUCCACUGCUUCUAUAGAUAUUAUACACAAAACAAGACAUAAUAAAUGAAUUUCAUAUAGUAUCAAACAGUACAUUACACUACCAAAACACCAACUUUCCACCUCAUAUACUGCACAUACUAAACUUUGCUAGUCAAACUACAAAUGGUAUCAUUGUAUUACCUCAAGAAAGUGAGGUACUUGAUAUGCAUAUCAUCACACAUAUUCUCCACAGCAUCCCUUAAAUCCAAAAGCUCAUACCACACCUUUGUAAUUUCCUGCAACAUUAUCAUAUCAACCAAGAGAAGAAGAAAUCAUGAAAUAAUUUUAAUCUUAAGUUAGUAAUUUCUCAUGAUUUAAAUAUAUGUUAAGUUCUAUGUCUUUUGAUUGCUAACAGAUCAACAGUAAGAUUCCAAAGGACCCAAUUUAUAAGGUCUUAUAAAUUUGAGAUUUGAAAACUUCAUGAGAAAAACUUCAAAACUUCGUCUUCCUUCCUAGAUAUUGAUCGAAUUUGAUAUACCAACCUACAAUUACAUAAAGAGACAAAAAUCACCAUCUAUUAACCUUUACCUUUGUUAGCGUUUCUUAGGUGUUGGGAGAGAGAUCGUCUCGUUCGUUUGAGCUUGUAAAGUCUGUUAGCUUCGUGGAGAACUCGCCAUUGUCGUGAGAUCUCGCCGGAAAACUCAUCAGCGUCAUCAGAUCUUAAACUCGUCAGUAUUCAUCAAAUCUCGUCGGGAAGUGUCGUUAAAUCUCCUCAGAAUCUCACAUAUCCGAUAGUUGUCUUUUGCCGGAGCUCGCCGAAUUCUCACAUUGAGGAAGAAGAUAGAAAUUAAUUAGGGACAUAAUGGUCAUUUUUCUGUUAAAAUUUUGAUGGUAAAACUGGUUAAGGUAUAAAUGAAAAUUGGUAUUAGGAAAGUGGUAUUAGUAUUAAUUAUUUGAUCAAAAAUAAAUAAAAAAAAUAAAGAAAGAUUGGAGAGCAUAUGGCCAGAUGUAGUAUUUAAUUAUUUGGACGUUCGAAUUCAACUCAAAGAUUAUCGUAUCUUGAUUGAGACAUUAAAUAAAUCGCGUUCAUAAUUAAGAAGUACAGCUAGUGAAAUAAUUAACUAAUCGGGUUCAUAAUUAACUAAUCGCGUUCAUAAUUAAGAAGUACAGCUAGUGAAAUAUAUUUUGACUUAAAUAAAUAAAAAUCGAGAAAAAAAUCACAAUAAACGCGGUAUAUUACAAGGAACCACGUCUAUCUGUCUGGUCGGAAAUUAGAAGUAGUUGACUUUUAAGUUAAACUGAUGUAUGCAGCAUGCUCCACAGAUUACAGAGCCAAGAAAAAACAACUUAAUUAAGCCUUUCUUUAAGAAACGUUCAAUACACUCAUUUUGCUUUACAUUUCAUUAAAUUCUCCUGAACCAAUGGCACUAGAAUGUCCCUUCUCUCAUCUCUCUAAGCCUCACAAUGUUUUCCGCCGAGAUUCUCCACAACUCUUUCGCUGCUACGUAUGCAAUGAAGAAUCCAAGGAAUAUUCAGAAUCCUACUAUUGUUCUACUUGCAAGAAAGAAUCUCACAUUGGUUGUUACAAGUUUCAACCUCAGAUUAAACAACACCCUUAUCAUCCCUCCCACCCUCUCACCCUCGUCAUCACUCCUAAUUCCAAUUCUUUGAUACCUAAUUCAUGGCCAGAUGAAGAAGUUAUCUCUCCCCUUGAUGAGAAUCUUGGAGGGUGCAAAUGUUGUCGGAGACAACUUCAAGACAGGUACUAUCAUUGUUCUAUUUGCAAGUUCAGUAUAAAUGCCACUUGUGCGAUAAAUCCACCGCUUCUCACUAUUGUCCCGAAGAAGAGCCAUGAGCAUAUGGCCUUCACUCUCUUUCCUAGACGCAUCUCCUUGCCUUGUGACGCUUGUGGUGUUUUACUCGACAAAGGUAGUGAUCAUGUCUAUACUUGUCUUUCAAGCAACUACAUAGCCCAUAGAAAAUGUAUCUCAUCUCUACCAUGUGUCAUUAAGAUCACCCGACACAUUCAUCGUCUCCAGCACACACCCUCUCUUUUCUCUCCAAAUGCUGACACUUCUGGUUUCGCUUGCGGAGUUUGCCACAAACCUGUCGAUGUCAACUACGGGCAGUACUCGUGCAUUAAGGGUUGCCACUAUGCUGUCCAUUCAAAAUGUGCAACGAGGAAAGAUGUGUGGGAUGGGAAAGAACUCAAAGGAGUGCGUGAAGAACAAGAAAAGGAUGGAGUUGUGGAGCUAUUCCAGAGGAUUGAUGAUGAGACAAUUCUACAUUGUAAUCAUGAGCACCAUCUGAAGUAUUCUGGAGAAAACAAUGAUGUAUGCGAUGGAAACAAGUACUGCCAAGCUUGUCUCCUUCUAAUAGUGGACUCUGAUAGUUUGUAUAGUUGUAUGAAAUGCAACUUUAUUCUCCACGAAGCAUGUGCACUACUUCCUCGCAAGAUAGCUCAUCCACUGCACAAACACCCACUCACACUCCUUCCAUUCCCUACUAAUCUCUAUUUGAUCCAGUUCAAGGUUUUUGUGGAAGGUAUGUUCAAGUGCAGUGGUUGUCACCAAAGAGGAUGUGGAUUCAUGUACCGAUGCACCGAGAAAGGUUGUAGGUUUCAGCUAGACGUCAGGUGCGCUUCUCUUGAAGAAUCAUUUAUACAUGGCAGUCAUGGUCACCCUCUUUUCUUAAGUUUGAACAAAGGUAAAUGCAUGAGGUGUGACACCAAUCAAUGUUCACCGUUUUACCUAGAGUGUGUUGAAUGCACGUGGUUUUUGGGUCUUAAGUGUGCUAUGUUACCAAAUAUUGCUUACUACAAAUUUGAUAGGCACCCACUCACACUUUGUUACGGAGAAAAAGGUACAAGAAGUGGUCAAUACUGGUGUGAGCUAUGUGAAACAACAUUACAUUCAAGUGAAUGGUUCUAUACAUGUAACAUUUGUGGAGUCACUCUUCAUGUUACUUGUUUGCUGGGGAAAGAGGUAUACAUGAAGCCCAACCAUACCAUAUAUAUAAAUGAUGAAAAGGUCGACAUUGUUCGCAACAAUGGUAACCCGCGGCCAUUUUGUGAUAAAUGUUACGAUCGUUGUGUGGAUACAUUGGUAUUAUUCAAAGAGGACUCACGUAAGUAUUGUUGUACAUUGCAAUGUAUGCAAAAAUUACUGGAUCGAGAGAAACAAGAAAAGGAGCACGAAGGAGACGAAUAAAGACAUUUGAUCCAAAUAGACCUUUUGUGUAUUAGCUCGUUUAUGAAUUUAUUUGUCUUUCUUCAAGUAUAAGACAUAAACUAUCAACAGAAAAAUAGAAAGCCUUUUUUCAAAAAGAAAAAACUAUCAACAGAAAAACCUACCAAUUAUUUACUUAUAUUAAUUCUUUUUAUUUUUUAUUAUUUAGUUAUUAAUUAAAUUUUCUCACAUAUCUUAAAAUAUUUUGGUUAAUAUAUUUUUCUUUAUUUGAAGUAAAUUAAAUUUCAUAAUUGAACUAUUUAUUUUUCAAAAAAAUUCAUGAUAUAUAUAUAAUCAUUUUAAUUACAAAAUAGAUACAUCGAAUUUUUUUAUAUAAAACAUUUUGAAAACCAAAACAUUUUUUAUUCUUAUAUUUUAUUGAUGUGUUACUAGAUCGUCCAAUGAUUUAUUAAGUUAUCAUUCACAUGAUCAUACAUGAAAUUAUUUUCAAAUUUUUAAGUUGAGACACCCAAUUAAUCCGGUGUAUAAAAAUGUAAAAGAUUCUCAAUAGUGAUGCACUGAUUAAUCAUAUUCAAUCAUUGUUUUCUGAAUUCUCACUAAAACCAUGAUCAUACCCACAAAAGAUAAUUAAAAUUUAUUCUCGGUGAGAUCCACUAUCAAAUUAACAUGUGCUGUAAAUGACCAAUUAGAAGACAAAGUCGUGAGAAAUAAAAUUUAAAAACCUAUUGGCAUAUUCUAUAGUUUCUAUAUAUGUAAACUAUAGAAUAUGCCAAUACAAUCUAUUGGCAUAUUCUAUAGUUUCUAACAAAAUUUUAAAAACCUACAAUUUAUUCAAUUUCAAACUUAAAACUAAAUUCCUAAAAUCCAAACCAUGGUUUUUCUUCAUCUAGGUUCACCAACCAAUAAUAUUUGGGAUAAUUUGAAAAAUACUCUGUUUGUAGUUUGAAAUUUGGAGAAUAUACUUGUAUUUUUAAGUUUUGAAAACUAUACUCUUUGAAAUGUGAUAAGACAUUUUAAUCCAAAUUUGAAUAAAAAAGUAUACGGUCUCUAACAACUAAAAUACAUAUUUGAAUACUGUUAAUAUUUAUAUGAUAAUACACUUUUUGUGAUUUCAUGUACCUUCGUAAAUUCUCGCAGUAGCUAGGAUUUUUUUUUAAUCAGAACAUCAUCAAAGUAUAAAGUAUAGAAUUGGUGCUAGUAGUUUAUUGGAUGUAUGUGCUUAUUUACUUCGUUCUGUCAAUUUUAGAAGA